ACUGAUGAUUCUGGGAAAAGCUCGACAUUUUGACUUCUGACACGUUCGAAACAUGCGAGCCAUGAAAUUUAGAUUAAUUUUAUUUUCGAUACUGUGGUUAAAUACAGCCCAGAGCCACGAGGCGGAUAGUUCUGAAGUAAACAGACUCGACUUUACUCCUCUCUACGACACAAUCAUUCUAAGUGACGUGGCUGAUAUCAUAAACGAAUUCGAAAACAAUAUGAACACGCCUUUAGAUGCCAUUGCAAGUGGAAGUGAGAGCGAUGAAAAUGUCGAAGAUUUACUGACAGAAUAUCAACGCUAUUUAGAUAAAGCACACAAACAAAAGAUAAAUUAUCAUGAAAAAACUAAAGCUAAAAACAAAGUACCAUCUGUGCGCCGUGACAGGUUUGCUAAAACAAAGCCUAGCAUGAACCCCAAGUACGAUGACUAUUACUAUUCCAACAGUUACUACUCUCCCAACAAGUACCCUCAAAUGCCGUUGACAAAUCCAUUGGACAUACUUAUACCAAUGAAUUCCAAUCCAAAACUAAGAUACUUUACGAAAUUCGACUUAACUACACCUCACCCAAAGGUAAACCACGACGAAUUCUCCGUUGUAGAGAAACGAUUGAUAGAACUACCUCCAAUAUUUCCCAGUCAGAAAUUAGAACCAAUCAAAUCUUCAUGUUACUGUAAGAACCCUCAAUUACCAUGUGACUGUAAAUGCAAACAAUGUUUAUUACCAUUUGAUACAAUGUCACAAAAUUAUAUGCAGCAUGCAGACAACAUUGUGCAAACACAGAACUCGGAAUAUACUACAGAAGACAACUUAAAAGAUUCUGAUAAUACCCUAAACAUAAGAAUUAAAGUUGAUAUACAAUUACCUAAAACUCAAGAAACAAUUGGCAGAUUUUUCAAGAACAGGUCACGCGAGGACAUUGGAAAUUCUAAAGAAUCUAGUUUGAAUUUACCAUUUCCAUAUUUUAAUUUUCCCAUACCGAUGGAUAUGUUUGGUUAUAAAAGAAUGUCAAAAAUUAAUAGUCAUGAUUCAGGACACAAAACAGCAGUACAUAAAAAAAAGAAGUCGCGGGUUAGUAGUGGCAGCAAAAAGCACCGAAAAAAGACAGUAAAUUUUCACAAUUUAAACAUUCAACCCCAACCAUCUUUGAAUAUACAGCCGUACAUGGACGAAAACUUCAAUUGGACUGAUGUUAAUGAUAAAAUUAACAAUACAAACCAAGUCACUACAAACAACUCUUUAGUCACCUAUAAGUUACAAACAAAUGUUAAUAACAGCGGUUCUAACAUUGUCAAUAAAACAACAGAAUCGUCCAUUGCCCAUGAAACACAAACGGAGGAAAGUAUUUUUGUAAUGGUAAACAUUACGAACAGUGGUGACAAUACAACAGAAGACAUUCACAAAAUUGAAAACAGUGUAGAAACUGAAUUUCUAAAAGUGGAUUCGAACGCGCCUAUCGAGAAAUUAUCCAAUAAGCGUAAGAAACGCGAAAUUUCGAAAAAAAAUAGUUCUGAAAAACCCCCAAAGAAGGUUAGCCAUACAAAUCAAAAAAUUAUAAAGAAACCUGCUACACACAAAAUGACGCCGGCCGCUAAAUCCAAAGCAGCUUAUAAUAAGACCAGUUCAAUAAAUGCUACUAGACAAAAUAAGUUAUUCAUCACAAAUGAAUCGAAUAAGAAGAAUGAUACCAAAAAAUCAGAUAAAUUAAUAGUAGCAGACGCUGAGCUAGUGUACUGGCCAACAGUUUAUAAGAAUCAAUCCAAUGUGAAUUCAAGAAAUAUAACAACAAUUAUUUUAGAAAGAGAGAAUAAAAAAGCGAAGGUGAAUAUGACCAAAGAAGCUAUACGCAAUAACCGUACAAGGGCAUUAGAAAGGGCUAUAUUUGGCGACAUUAAUUGGGACGAUAUAGACACAGUAGCACCGGUAUUCAUGUCGUUUGUAGGAAAAUACUUACGAGGGGUAUUAACUUUCUGUUCUCAAAAUGUAUGUCAUUCCAUGAAAUGUGCUGAAAAAACCUGUGUCCAUAGACUUUGCGUACCAUAUGAGCGAUGGAACCACAGAGGACACUGUUCUGGCUCUAACGACACCGAUAGUGUCGCAUCAUUGGAAUCGAUCAUGGAUUUACCUUCUAAUGUUGCUUUUGAGAUUGUAGACAUUUUACAAGACAAGAUGUUGGGAAAGCUAUUUGGAAAGGUGACCCUUUGUAUAAGUUCCAAAUGUAUCAGUUUUGUUGCGAGUAAGAAAAAUUUCUUAAAAUCGAAAUGUUCAGUAAAAGAAUUGAAGACAGGCCACUGUCCGAACAUAAAGAAUUUCAAAAUUAUGUAAUUUCCUAACAACGAAGAAAUGUUCCUGAAUCCUUGGAAAAAAAUGCGAGAUUUUCCAAAAAUAAUAAAUUUAGAUGGCAAUGGAAAUAUGGCGUCAAAACUUGUACCCAAAGAUGACUUGGUAAAUAUGAAAACAAUAGAGGAAUCUAUUACAAAAACAAAUACUCCAGAUAGCAACGACCUAUUAUUAAGAAAAAUAUUUAUGAUACCAUUCAGAACGCCAUUGGCGUAGCAGAGAACCGCAAAAAACUAAAGAAAUCAAAAAUAAUGUUGAAAUUUAAUGUUCUGCAUUCUUUUGCCAUUUCUUAACAAGCCCAAACAUUCAAUAAAUUUGUGUAGUGUGUGAAGUUCCACGCCGACGACAACGUUCAGAUGGCAAGAAACCGCUAACUUGUCAAAACGUUUCGACUGAAAGUCUACAAGAUUUCACGUGCUAAUCCAAAAUUUGUAAGGGGACUCAAAGGUUUUUUAAACUGCACUCUCACGACCACCUAAGUAUGACUUCUUUUGUUACACCUGUGUAAACUAUGUUUAGGUGAACCGACCAAAAACAACUUUGUUUGUAAAACAACACGUAUAAGCACUUUAAAGUUCAAAUCUAAGCGCAAGCAUUAGUAGUUAGUUGCUCAAGAUGGAACGACAUAUAUAUGAGACAAUCUUAUUGACAGUUUUUAUCGCUUUAGUCAACAGCCACCAACCAACACACAGAAUUACUUCAAAAUAUGUGAGUAUUUAUUAGUUGACUAAUAUUAAUCUUCGUUAAAUUCGUAAAUAAAUUAUUAAAUUUCCUUUUGCUUUAUUGGUCGCUUCUAAAAUAAUAAUAACAUGACAUUGGUUUGUGAUUUUUAAUUAAGAACAAAAAAGAAAUCUUCCUGAAUCCCUGGAAAAAUAUGCGAGCUUUACCUAAAAUAAUUGAUUUAGACAAACAUGGAAAUAUGAUUACAAAACUGGUAUCCGCGGAAGACUUCAUCAGUAUGAAAGCAGUGAAGAAAAAAAAUAUUUUCGAUAUUAUACAGGAUGCUACUGGCAGCAAUUUCGAGUUAAAGGCCGUAAAAACGAAAAUUCUGUUACAAUGUUGUCCAAAAUAUUGCCUUUUCUUAACGUGCCCUAACAUCACAAAAUUUUGUGUAUUGUGUUUGGCCCCCCGACCAAUUUUAGGAAACAGUGCCGAAAACAAAGUAACAACUUGUCAAAAUGUUUCUACUAAAAAUGUAAUAUACCAAAACACUGUAUGGAUUCCCCUCGAACACCACAGAAGAUGACAUUGAAAAGUAUUUACAUGUGUUUGUAAGUGUUUUAUUUUAUGAACUUAAAUAAAAACUAUAAAUUUAAAAAA